AUGUCAAGUUUUUGUCCUGCUGAACAAAAGGUUAUGUGUCAGGGAAGCAAGGACCCGGUAGAAAAGAAGAAAAUGCCACUGCUGGGCCUAGGCGGCUCUCGGGAAAACCUGUCCUCAAACACAGUGCCUCAGACGCCGGCGUCCUUCCCCUCCGCGGGAUGCACACGUCGGCUCCACCCGAAGAUAAAUAAGGGGCUUCACCGGACAACGCAGCCUCGCCGCUCCGACCCCCGACCCCGGCAGCGUCACGCGGGUCAGGCCGAGCAGAGGCCGCCGCGGGGCCUGCAGGUGGGCCCAGGGCGCGGUCAGGCCCGGCCCCGGCAGGGCAGCCUCUGGCGCGGGGCUGGCGCAGGCCCGCUCGUCACUUACCGGCGCCUCAUGGUACCGCGGCGCCUCCGCCCAAACCAGGCGCUGACCGACUGCGCCCGGCAGCCCAGACUAUCCCUCGGCUCUCCGGCCGAGAUCCAGGAACGGCCAUUCAAACGCCGCCGCGCGCGCGGCCCGCCGGGAUAG